AUGCUGCCGGCCUCCAUCCAGAUCACGGGGGAGCUGCUGUCGGCGGCGGAGGUUCAGGACAUCUGUGAGAGCCUGAAGGAGGACGGCGUGCGGCUGCUGUCCGUCCGCGGCUGCCAGCUCUCCGACCGAGACUUCGGACGAGUCUGCCGCGGCGUCGCCGAGUCCAGCUCGCUGGCUCAGCUCAACCUGAACCUGGGCGUCGUGUCCGGAAUCAGCCGGACCCGACACCUGGCCGACGCCCUGAAGGCCAACCGGUCCCUGCAGACCCUGUUUCUCCAUGGCAGCCCGCUGUUGGACGCCGGCCUGGUGACCCUGAACUCGGCCCUGUCGACCCACCCGGCGCUGGUCUGUCUGGACCUGGGAGACUGCAUGCUGGGAGACGAGGCGCUGGCGCUGAUCUGUGGGAUGCUGCCGCCCGACGGAGCAAAGUCAGGUCUGAGGGAGCUGACUCUGAGUGCUAACCCAGGAAUCAGCUCCAAAGGCUGGGCUCGACUCGCCAUCGCUGUGGCUCACAGCUCCCAGCUCCGAGUGCUCAACCUGGACUACAACCCGCUGGGUGAUCAGAUUGCAGGGAUGCUGGCGGUUGCCGUGGCGUCCAGUAGAACCCUGGAGGUUCUGGACCUGGAGGGAACCGGACUGACCAACCAAUCAGCACAGGUGUUCUUGGACAUGGUGGAGAACUACCCCACCAGUCUGAGGGUUCUGGUCCUGGCGGAGAACGACAUCGGUCCGGAGCUGCAGCAGCAGAUCUGUGACCUGCUGUCUGAAGGGGAGGAGGACGAGGACCGAGAGGCCCCGCCCCUCCAGCAUGGCCCCGCCUACAGAGACAAGUACCAGCCAAUCAGAGACAAGUACCAGCCCCCCACCUGGCUCCCCCACAGCAACUCCAGCCCACAGAUGGUCUUGCUGACAUCAGGUCUAGGUGAGAGCUUAUUGGCUGAGACUGAAAUGUGA